UGCAUACAGCAUCUUAUGCAUAUACUCCACUGCAGUGUAUACUCAUUUGUUUCUUCCACAGUUCCCCCCCGAGUGAUAAUACAAGGAGAUGUUGAUGAUGGGGAUAAUGUCAUAUUGCGGUCCACUGGACAAAGCCUGAGUGUAUCCUGCAAUGCAAGUCAUCCGGAUGAAAACAGCACUAAUACUGUAACAAAGAGCUGGAAGAAGGAGGGUGAACUCUUAAGUAAUGAUAGCAAGUUAGUUAUAGCUCACCUGUCACCUCAAGACAGUGGUGUCUAUACAUGCUUUGCUUCAUUUGAGGGCUUAGAAUAUAACAAAUCAUUCAAUUUAACUGUAAUUUCAGAUUUGCCGUCACCAUCUCCUUCAGCAACUGAGUCUCCUUCAACAACUGAAUCAACAAUGAUAAUUGAUAUAUCAACAACAUCACCAGCACAUUCAGCACCGGAGGUCACUUCAACUGGAACACCUUCACCAACAAGCGAUACUAAUAAAAGCGGAGUCUUCCAGAACCCAUUGAUGUAUGCUAUAAUCAUCAUUGUCCUCUUGAUAAUUGUCAUGGUCUUGUUAGCUGUCAUGACUUUGUGCUACUUUCUCCACUGCUGCAUGAAAAGAAAGAAACAAAAUGAAAGUGAAUCUGGUAGUAGCACAGGAGAUGUAGAACUUCAAGCAAACCAGACUCAGGAUUCAUGUAGGCCAUCUCUUACUCCCUCAGUGUCGAGCAGUGCCAAUGAUAGACUAACAAUAGCUUCUAGCUCAUGCUGUGACUCUUGUCGGUGUACUCCUUCAAUUGCCCCUUCAUCAAUCAACCCAAACCAAUCCGACCAAUGCAGUCUAGGGCACAACCCCAAAAGCCACAUGGGAUCAGUCUCAAACAAUCCCAGCCAUUGCGCUAGCACUGCUACAUGUACAUGCUCAUGUGCUCAUUCUCACAACCUGGCUCCUCCAUAUUUUACAAGGCCACCAGUACAUGGCCUCCAUCCUUGUUCCCACACUCCUCUUCCUUCCCAUCAUGCUUUCAUAUCAUUCAAACCAGCCAAUCCUAGCAUUAGCAAUGACUCUGGUUAUACGUGCAGUUUACAUUAUCCUCCAUCGGAAACUGGGACUAGCAGAGGCUACCCUGAUACUAGGACUGUCUGCUCUCAUUGUACUAAGUCUUUUAUAAUCUCGACCGAUAGUGGCUACCGUCCUAUGAAAACCUCCUCUAGGUUACCCGGCUAUAGCAGCUACAAUGAAGGGACGUACAAUGAAGGGACACAUAAUGAAGGGACGCUUUGUUAGGAAGGAUUAGAGCAUAUUAGGGACCAAUA